UUGAACUAUAUAGAAACGCGCGGAAAGGAUUACAAGCAAAAUAUUCCCAGAUGUCGCGUAAAGAAAUGUCAGAGAGCGGGGAAACUCUAGCAGUGAUCAGAGAAGAGCAAUUGUCACCGACUUCUUCGUCAGUAAACUUAGAAACCAACGUACAAAAAUUCAACGUACCAUCAAAACCCCGCUGCCAAUGUCUCACACAGAAGAAUAAACAGAGAUCUCAAGAUGAAGUCGACGAGUUACUAAAAGAACAAGAAGAGAGCCUAAGAGAAGAAUAUGAAAGAAGAUUAGAACGAGAGAUUCAGAGUUUGAAGGAAAGAUUUGAAUUUAUCUUGGAAAAUGAACAGAUCCGUACAUCAUAUAUGCUAUGCGAAGCUCACAGGGAGAGGAAAGAAAAGAUCAGUGCUCUACAAACGCAGCUCGAGUGCAAGAACCUUGCGGGGUUGAUGUAUGUACUCUGUUCAGAGAGGAGAAAGAGCAAGUUAGAAAAGAUGCAGAUGGCACAAGAAUAUACAAAAUACAUUGACGUGUUGCAAGAGACGUUAAUCGACGCGCAAGCGUUAAUACUGCGCCUUGUAAACGGAUACAAAACCGGAUCCAAACUCGAUGAAAGUUGGCGAAAUAAAAUGAAAGAAGUCAUAAAUGAGUAUCAAAGUUUCGUGAACAAUUUCGUGAACGACACGCCAGAAAUGAAUCAGUACUUCUUCGAUUUAGCCAAACUGAUAGAAACUGAGUUGCCUGUAUUCAAACCUGCUGACGAGACUGAGACCAUGAUCUCUGUUCCGGAGCCGAAGUUAAGCGAAAUAGGACAAACAGAGGACAGACCGUGGUUCGACAUGUUAGAAGGUAGCAACGCACCAUUUGUAAUGUACGGGGAUAUGGCAGAUUUUAAACCAAAUCUACGUAGAAAUGUAUUAAAAACAUUAAAAUUUACCAAAGAACCGCCGAACGAAUGGGAACAUUAUGUUAUAAACGACAAAUUCGUGAAGUCACAAUGCCCUAAUGCGGGCCUUAUCAAAGACGAGUACCUCAAAACGUUGCCAAAGCCCGGCAAAUGGGAGUGCUCAACAAUACAGACUGACAGAGAGAGUAGCACAAGUCACCGAGUGACACAGGCGAGCGUCGAUAUCCGAGGGAACAUGGGAUCUAUACUAAAGAUAAUUGCGUCAUCAGCGUACGGUCAGCCAGCAACAAAGGCGACUAUACUCGGCGCAAAGGACUCCAUGGAGAUCGCUUCUACCACUAAACUGCGCGAAAAAGUUAGGAAUUCGGUGCAAAACAAAGUGGUCAUAAACAUUGGAAAUAAAAGAACAACGAAGUUUGACGAUUACCCUGACAUAAGUCAUGAUUAUUCUGAAGAAGUUGAGACGAUACCGAGACAAGAAGUAUCCCAGAUUGAAGAAAAUGAAAUCAUAGAAGAAUCGUUUUCAGCAUUAGGGAGCAUUCACAACGACAGCAUGCACGUUAUUCCGAGUCACGUGCCCGAUCAAGACGCCAAGAUAAAUUAUGAGAAGGUAUGUCCAAUGGAGGAGUGUCAAAGGAUGCAAGUGGACUCGUUCAUACGUUCUCUACCGCCGUACAUGCAGGCCAACCCUUACACUCACUUUGAGAAUACAUACGAGGAAUAUGAGCCCUGUACUCCUGAACAAUUGGACAUACUGAGACAGCGUAUCGAGAACAAGAAGAGGAAAUCUAAGCUGGACGUGACUGGGGGCGAGGAGUCACCGUUGCAAGAAUGGGAUGAGAGGAGCAACACCGUGGCCGCGCAGACUUCCGCAUUCACACUACCGCCAUGUACAUGUCCAGUUAAGGACACUGUUGAGGAAAACAUGCAUGGGAUUGUGUAUAACAUUGAAGACUUGCUACCCGUGAAGCGAGCUUUAAACGAAAUCAACAAGAAGUUCUUCUUCGACAGCACUAUUGAGUUCAACAGAUUCAAGGUGGUUGGACAGAAUGGUGACAGCAGCACACACAUGAUGGAAAGGAAAAAAGACAACAGAUGGUACGAAAUACAGAACAUGCUACAACAACGGCCGAGCUUGUGCGACAUGUUUCCUAACAAUGCCCACUGAGAGCCAGUAAAAACACUCUGGCUAUUCAUCUACAUCAGUCUUACUACUGCCCCUAUAC